GCACUUCUUGAUGAAAUGAAAGGAAUUUUGCGUGAAGUGAUGGAUCGCAAGACAGAUAACAAUACACGGAGAAAGAAACGAAAAGACCUCUUACGGCUACAGAUAAUACGCAUCCUACAGGUUGCAACGUUUCGUCGAGUUCUGCCAUGCUCCGGUUGCAUCGAUUUUGGAAACGGCCUCUGUUCGGUUCUUGUGGACUUUUUCGAUUCUGUGCGACAGAAUCUCGAAUCUGAUCAGAUAUUUUGA